AUAGACACACACCGACAGAUCGACCUUCAGACCAAAACCAGAACGACUUCCACUGAGAGAGGACAGAAGGACCGAUUACUGGUUAUACCAGCACUUUACCCAGGUACUGAAUCCACCAACUGAACAAGGGUAGAGAGAGAACUCUGAAUCAAAGUGAAAGUCACUUUCAGGGACGAGAAGUGGCGUCCUGUUUGUCUGCUGGAUCACUCUGAGACAAAAUGACAUCAAAGCUAGAGGAGGAUCUGAGCUGUCCGGUCUGCCUGGACAUCUUUAAAGAUCCCGUCAUCCUGUCCUGCUGCCACAGCUUCUGUAGAGCGUGUGUGGAGAAGAGCUGGAAGGAGAAGGAGAACAAGGAGUGUCCUGUUUGUAAGAGGAGACACUCAAAGGAAUUAGACUAUAACUUUGCUUUAAACAAUCUGUGUGAAACUUUUCUACAGGAGAGAGAUCAGAGAUCUAAACAACCUGAAGUAGAUCUCUGCAGUCUGCAUCAGGAGAAACUCAAACUCUUCUGUCUGGACCAUCAGGAGCCGGUGUGUGUCGUCUGCAGAGAUUCAGAAAAACACUCCAACCACAGAUUCAGAGCCAUCAGUGAAGCUGCAGAAGAACUCAAGAAGAAACUUGAGGAAACUCUGCAGCCCUUAAAGGAGAAGUUAACGGUUUGUGAAAAAGUUCAAGUGGAGUUUGAUCAAACUCUGGACCACAUGGAGGUCCAGGCCCGACACACAGAGAGGCAGAUUAAGGAGCAGUUUAAGAAGCUUCACCAGUUUCUAGCAGAGGAAGAGGAGGCCAGGCUGCGUGCACUGAGGGAGGAAGAGGAGCAGAAGAGACAGAGGAUGAAGGAGCAGAUGGAGGCUCUGAGAGCACAGAUAGCAGAUCUUUCACACACAGUCAGAGCCACAGAGGACCAGCUGACGGCCCAAGACGUCUCCUUCCUGAAAAACUACAAGGCUGCAGUGGAAAGAGUCCAGCAGCGCCCCCUGCUGGAGGAUCCACAGCUGCCCUCAGGAGCUCUGAUAGACCAGGCCAAACACCUGGGCAACCUGGGCUUCAACAUCUGGACCAAGAUGAAGGACCUGGUCUCCUACACGCCUGUUAUUCUGGACCCAAACACUGCUAAUCCAGGACUCAUCCUGUCUGAUGAUCUGACCGCUGUGAGACGAGGAGAGGGAGAGAGAGAGCAGCUUCCUGAUAAUCCAGAGAGGUUUGACCGUUACUGCUCUGUCCUGGGCUCUGAGGGCUUUAACUCAGGGACUCACAGCUGGGACGUCCAGGUUGGAGACAGUAAAGGCUGGGGACUGGGAGUGUUGGCAGAGUCUGGACAGAGAAAGGAAGAGAAAAAGACUGGACGAUGGAUAGUAGGGGUACGUGAUGGUAAAUACACAGCAGUCUCAUCAUCACGUGGAGUCACUGAUCUCUCAGUGAAGAAUCCUCCAAAGAGGAUCAGAGUGAAUCUGGACUGGAACAGAGGAAAGCUGUCAUUCUCUGAUCCUGAUACUAACACACACAUCUAUACCUUUAAACACACUUUCACUGAGACCAUGUUUCCAUUCUUUAAUACGGUGGAAAAUGUGAAGAUUUUACCAGAGAAGGUCUCUGUGACUGUGGAAAAACAAAAAUGACAGAGAUAGAUUACAGGAGUCUGUUUGUUGUAAGUGUUGCUGUUUUCUUUAGGAUGUAGGCAGACAGUCACUAGCUUAUUCACAAUCACAUUAAAUUCAUUUGGAUCAUAGAUUAAAACGUCUCUGUACACACGGACGCUGAAAGGUACAAUACGAUUCAGAAGCGCGUGCUCCUGCAUCUCAAUCUGGUCAAAAUUAAAACUUUCUGACAUGCCCAGAUCGUCCCACCAG